AUGGCAGACAAAGGCAAGAAGGGCAAGGCGCCGGCCGCACCCCCGGCGGCCGCUGCGGCCCCCGAGGCAGGCAAAGCCCCGGACGCGAAAGACAAGAAGGAGGAACCGGCGCCAAAGCAAAAGUCGCUGCAGCCCAAGGACUCAGUGGGCACGAGGAAGGGAUGUCGCCGCUACAAGUGGGAACUCAAGGACAGCAACAGAGAGUUCUGGAGAAUGGGUCACGCCGAGGUCAAGAUCCUGAGCGUGGCCUGCCUAGUGGCUGCGCUGAUCAUGUUCACCGGCACUCCCGUGCACCCCCUCCUGACGCUCAUUAUCACCAUGGAACUGUCAGUCUUCAUCUUCUUCAUCAUUGUCUACUCCUUCGCCAUCCACAGAUACAUGCCCUUCAUCCUGUGGCCCAUUACUGACCUUCUCAAUGACCUAUUUGCCACUGGUUUCCUGGUGGGGGCAGUGGUCUUCGCUGUGAAAAUUCGAUCAACCAUGCCAAUGAACUACUUUAUUGCUGUGGUCCUUAUUGGUGUGGCUGCAUUUUUUCCUUUAGUCGAUAUAUGUUUUCAAAGAAAACACUUCAGAGGCAAGACGGUCAAAAGAAAUGUGCUGGUUCCUCCACCAAAGGCAGAUGCGCCUCCUGCAAAGCCAAAGGAAGAGGGAAAGGCACCUCCAAAGGGAAAGGAAGCAGCAAAGCCAAAGCCAGCGAAGGGAGGCAAGAAAUGACACCUACGAGACACCCAUUAUCAGAAGAGGCAGUGUUUUUUACAACAAAGUAUAGUCCCACUGUCUUCCUUGUCUUCUUUCCCAAUGAUUUUCUUUUCCACUUAAAUAACCACCUGUGCUUGGAAAAGAAAUUCUCUCUAAAUGGAGUUUUUGUUCAUUCAAUCAAAGUUACCAGAAGUUUUGGUGCAGAGAGUGAGGUCAGAGCUGGGCCUUUCAAGGGACUCAGGUGACAGGGCACAGAGGGCUUGGGGCACC